AUUUCCCGAAAUGCUUUGCCUGAUCCUACGCAUGCGCGCUCAGGGAAGUUGCAAUGGCUGCGCUCUAGACUGGCACUGGCGGUUGUACUGCUGGAGGGAUGUUGGUGCAGCGGCUGAGUGUCCUGUCCCGGUCCCUUCGGGGGCACAUGGUGGCGGGAAUCGGGCUGUGUCCAAGAUGCACACACUGUGAUAACCGAGCUUGGCUUUUAAUGGAUGCACUGCGAUGGUCAUCCUCUUUCAGGCACAAAAACCAAGCCACGGUCAGUGAAAACUGCCAGAUGGAGCUACUGGAAGUUCUAGAGACCAGAGUACAGCAGCUGGAGGCAGAGGAGAACGUGGACCACAAGAAAAAAUCUACUCCAUGUGAGGAAAAGAAAAGAGCACCCCAAGCAACCAAACGCUGGAUAGAAAAGUUACAAAAUGAGCAGCUGGUAAGGCAUCAGAGACAAGACCGCCUAGAAAAGAAUGGGAUCAAACGCAAAGGAACAUCUGAUCUAUCUCUGGAAGAAAAAGAAAUAUCUGCGGUACAUCUAGAAGAUCAAAACGAUGAAACAUUAGAAGAAGCUAAAUCCAAAAGCCCAAAGAAAGAACAGUCAAGGAAAAAUGUUCUUAGCACUGAAGCAAGGAUACCACCUCUUCUCAAGGACACUAAGAAGAAUGAUAGAAGGACAGUGGAUGAGGUUGACCUCUGGAAAGGACAAAGAGAACAGUUGUUGGAGGAUAAGGAGGGAAAUCGCUAUGGUGGACAUCAACUUAGCAUUUUAAGUUACUUGGAGGUCUGUGUGUUUCUGAAGGAUUUAGAAAGAGCACAGAUGUGUCUAAACUUUUAUCACCACAGGAGUUCACGAAGGAGCUUGCUUACCAUUGCUAUGUAUAACCUACUGAUGAAAGCAUGGGCCAAGAAGGGCUCUGUGACUAACAUUGGGCAUUUGUUUAUGAUGCUGGAGGAAGCUGGGCUGAAGCCAAAUCUUGGUUCUUACGCAGCAGCACUGGAGUGCAUGGCUCGGAGUAGUACAGCUACCAAAUCCAUUCAAAUGUGCUUGAGUCAGAUGGAAGAGGAUGGACUGUCUAUUAAUCAGUUGUUCCAGGAAUUUCCUUAUCAGGAAUAUGAGAGAGAAUUGAUUCUAAAUGCUGUGCAUAAAGUCCAUCCAAACUACCAGCUUCCUAUCCAACCAAAAACUGUGUGCACUUCCCCACUGGUCAAAAACUUCUACAGCAAAGAACCACCACCAUCCUACCCCAAACUGGAAUUCACUCUGUCUGAACUGUGUAACAGGUUUGAAGAACAGAUGGCGAUAGAGAGCUGUGACACCAUAACUAUUGAUUCAGUGGAGGCCAUAAAACCUAUAGCAGAAGGGCAGAAGCAAGCGAGGGAUUUGUUGGAUGCACUGCGUGCUCGCUGGAAGAAGGCUUUGCUGCAGGCUUUCCGUGACUCCAAGAAACAUCUAGAGAUGAAGAGCAGGAUAUCUCCCAGAGUUAAUCUCUAUCCUUACUUGUGUUUGCUGGGGGAGGAUCAGUAUGUGGACAUUAUGCUCCAAUCUCUUGCAAGUAUUCCUCCUACCGGUGAAUCAUUUCUUGUGAUGUCUCGGGAUAUGGGCACUAAAAUCAACAAUCGAUACUCCAUACACAAGAAACUACAGGAGUCCCACAUCAAUAGGAUCCAGGAUCUAUACAGAGAUUAUUGCCAGCUACUGGCGAAAAAUGGAAAGGUUUCUGGACUUUUGCCUCGGGAAAUGUGGGAACAGCUUGAGCAGAAAAAGUAUGGGGGAGCUUCCUUGAUGAAUUUAGACACAAUCUGGCCCAACUCUUUGCUAGUGCAGUUGGGGACUCACCUGGUGGAUCUCAUGGUACAAGAGAUAAAGGUUCCAAACGACCUGCUGAGCUCUCGGGAUGACCCAAAACUGAUCCCAGUUCUUUACCACAUGUAUAGCUUUCGCAGCACCAAGCAGAUCGGCCUUAUUAAACCCCACCCCAUCUUCAGCCAAAUCCAGUCAGAUGCAGGUGAAUCCUGUCUUACUUUUGAGUCCUCUGUGAUGCCCAUGCUGUGUCCCCCUGUACCCUGGCUGUCACCUCGAUUUGGGGCUUACCUUCUCAGCCCUGCCAAACUAAUGCGCUGCAUGGAGGGAGCAGUGCAACAUCAAUUGCUACUAGAGAAAAGCCCCCCAGGACAACUGUAUCCAGUGUUGGACUCUCUUAACCAGCUUGGGAUGUGUGCCUGGCGCAUCAACCAGCCAAUUCUGGAUAUCAUUGUUUCCAUUUUUAAUGAGAAGGGCAAUGAGAAGUUGGAUAUUCCACCACCUUUAUCAGAAGCCCCUAAGCUGCCAGAGCAGCCUCACGGAGAUCUGAACUCAAGGGACAAGAUGAUGCACCAACGAGAGCUGGCACGAUGCAGAAAAAAAUCAUCAGAGAUGCAUAGUCUUAGAAUGGAUGCUCUUUAUAAACUCUCUAUUGCCAGUCAUUUACGUGACAAAAUAUUUUGGUUUCCACAUAACAUGGAUUUCCGUGGGCGCACUUAUCCAUGUCCUCCAUAUUUCAACCAUCUAGGAAGCGAUGUGACUCGGGCGCUGCUGCUGUUUGCAGAAGGUAGACCCCUGGGUCCUAAAGGCCUGGAAUGGCUAAAGACACAUCUCAUCAAUCUUACAGGGCUCAAAAAGAGAAACUCCUUACAGGAAAGGAAGGAGUAUGCAGAUUCAGUCAUGGAUGAUAUACUUGACUCUGCUGACAACCCACUUAAAGGCAAGAGGUGGUGGAUGGAAGCAGAUGAACCCUGGCAAGCCCUUGCCUGCUGCAUGGAAAUAGCAAAUGCUUCCCGCUCUCCAGACCCUACAAAAUACAUCUCACAUUUUCCAGUUCAUCAGGAUGGUUCCUGCAAUGGGCUACAACAUUAUGCUGCCUUGGGUCGAGAUGAAAUUGGAGCUAAGUCAGUGAACUUGAUGCCCUGUGAUAUCCCCCAAGAUGUAUACAGUGGUGUUGCUCAGCAGGUGGAAGAGUUUCGCAAGAGAGAUGCUCAGCGUGGGGUUAAAAUUGCUCAGAUUUUAGAUGGGUUUAUUGGAAGAAAAGUGGUGAAGCAGACUGUUAUGACAGUGGUGUACGGUGUGACUCGAUAUGGUGGCCGGCUACAGAUAGAGAAGAGGCUGCGAGAGCUGGACAACUUCCCAAAGGAGUACGUGUGGGAGGCCUCACAUUACCUGGUACAGCAAGUGUUCAGCAGCCUAAAGGAAAUGUUCUCUGGAACUAGAGAAAUACAGCUUUGGCUGACUGAAAGCGCUCGCAUGAUCUCCAAGUCUGGGAACACUGUGGAGUGGCAAACACCCUUAGGGCUACCGAUCAUUCAGCCAUACCACCGCACCAAGCCUGUUUUGUUUCAGAGCAACUUGCAGGUGGUUAACUUACAGAGCAGCCAUGAUGUCAAUGAACGCCCAGACACCAUGAAACAGAAGAAUGCCUUUCCACCAAACUUCAUCCACUCAUUAGACUCCACACAUAUGAUGCUUACUGCACUGCACUGUUACAGCCAUGGACUUACAUUUGUGUCUGUACAUGACUGCUUUUGGACCCACCCAGACACUGUUGACGUCAUGAACAAGGUUUGUCGGGAGCAGUUUGUGGCCCUGCAUAGCCAGCCAAUCUUACAAAACCUAUCCCAGUUCCUACUGCAGAAAUACUGCCAGACCCUCAGCUCAGACAAAAUGGCUAAAAUGUCUCCAGAAAACCUCCGAAUGACACUACACUUCAGCAAUGUGCCAGAGACUGGAAACUUUGACCUAAAGCAGGUGAUCGAUUCUACCUAUUUCUUCAGCUGAUUAUAAUGCAAAUACAUUUAAAGCUUAUUCCAGUACAUCACUCAGCAAUACUGUCCGUGCAAUCAUGAAGAGGGACAGUGGUUUGCCCUGCCUGAUGUGCAUUCGCUCCUGCUCCAGUUAAUGGCAAUCUAUUCUUCCUGUGGAAGCUUUUGUACUGAACAGUCCGACCUGUCUCUAAUCGGGCUCUACUAUACCUUUUAUGAGGUGUAUUAGGGCUGUAGAUUUAAAUGUAAAUGGUUGUAAAUAAAAACACAACUAUUUUAUCUGCUUUGAA